AUGAUACCGAGUCCAGGCUGUGGUUCUCGCUUCAGUCCGGUCCUAGUCGCGGCCACAGCACAACAAGCCGCAGUGCUGCAGAAGAGCAAAAAGAUGUUUGGUCUCGUUUGGCUCUCGUACUCACCAGAGCGCGCUCGGAUGGCCGCUUGGAUGACCCCGCGGGAUUUGACGUGGAACAGGGACCAGCCGCACGCAGCUGCCAACUAG